CUGGACUGCAACAGAGCGGCCUUAGACACUGUACGGAAUGUAUCAGAGCUGCACCUGAGCUGGACAACUGGCUGGACAACCUGUGAGGAGGGCCAGGGCUGCCAGGAAACGUUGAUGCUAAUACAGAACGGACAAAAAUUUCACAUGGUUCUCACUAAGGGAUGUACUAGUGCUGCAAACAGAGAGGCUCAAAUCACCAGGCACAGAACAGGCCCCGGAAUCUCUAUCAUCACGUAUGUCCAUGUGUGCCGCCACAGGGACUUCUGUAACGACCUGUCUACAACUGAAAAUCUUUGGACUCCACCCCCUGACACAGUCCUAGGGACCCUGAGCUGCCCACACUGCCUGUCAACUAGUGACUGUGAACACGCACCUGAGCAGGUCUGUCCUGCAGGCAGCUCACACUGCUACAAUGGAGUCCUCAGACUCAGGGGAGGGGGCAUAGUCACCAAUCUGAGGGUGCAGGGCUGCAUGCCAGAGUCAGGCUGCAACCUGUUUGAUGGCACCAAGGCCAUCGGACCCAUAGGAGUGAGUGAGAAAUGCGGGCCCCAGUCAGGCGCUCAGGCCCUAGAAUGCUGGAGUGGGAAAGCAGACGCCCUAAGGAAGGUGUCGUCGCUGCCCCUGGAAUGGACAACCAUCUUGGAGACCUGUAAAAUCGGCGAGGGGUGCCAGGAAACUGUCUUACUAAUAGUGAAUGGACCCAGUGUGAACUUGGUGCUCACCAAAGGCUGCACAGCAGACGAAGACCACAAGCCCCGAAUCACCCGGCACAGAACAGGCCCCAGCGUCUCCAUUAUCUCUUAUACCCACGUGUGCCGCCACUGGGACUUCUGCAAUGACCUGUCCUCCACCCAUCCUCUCUGGAGCCCACCACCUGUCACAGGUCCAGGGUCCCUGCAUUGCCCAUUGUGCCUUUCCAAAGAUGGCUGUCCAGAGAAUGCUUCUGAACAGGUCUGCCCUGCAGGCAGCUUGCACUGCUAUAAUGGAGUCCUCAGCCUCAGGGGAGGAGGACUCAUCUCCGAUCUGAAGGUGCAGGGCUGCAUGACCCAGCCAGGCUGUGACCUGCUUAACGGCACCCAGACAAUUGGACCCAUAGAUGUGCAUGAGAACUGCGGUCCUCAGUUAGCUGAAGAGGUUCUGAAAUGCCAGCAUGGAACAUUGGAGAUCACAAGGAAUGUAUCACAGCUGCCUCUCCAGUGGACAGCUGGCCAGACAACCUGUGGUGUGGGUGAAGGCUGCCAAGACACGUUGAUCAUGAUAGAGAACGGAGAGAUGGUGAAGUUGAUUCUCACAAAAGGCUGCACAACAGCUGAGGACCAAGAGGCCAAAGUCACAGAGCACAGGAAGGGCCCAGGGCUGUCUGUUACCUCCUACACCCGAGUGUGCCGCCUAGAAGACCUCUGCAAUUACCUGUCCACCACAGUCCCUCUUUGGGCUCCACCCCCUGUGACAGCCCCAGGGACCCUGCGCUGCCCACUCUGCCUUUCCGAAGAUCGUUGUGAGAAUGCACCCAUGCAGGUCUGCCCCGCAAGCAGCACACACUGCUACAGUGGCGUCCUCAGGCUCAGGGGAGGGGAGAUCAUCUCCAAUCUGAGGGUGCAGGGCUGCAUAUCCCAGCCAGACUGCAACCUGCUCAACGGCACCCAGACAAUUGGACCCAUGGUUGUGCGUGAGGACUGCAGUCCUCAGAUAAACGGGCAGAGUACGAACAAAAGUGCUCUGACAUGUUACAAGGGGGUCAUGUUGAAGCUUGGCACUGGCUUUGCUAAAAACGCUGUUGAGUGGUCUGCUCUGUCGACCAAAGUGUGUGAACCUGAGGAGUUAUGUCAGGAGACGCUCCUCCUCAUAGACGUAGGACCACGGACACUCCUAAUAGGGAGCAAAGGUUGCACCGGGCGUGGGGCAAAGGACAACAGUGGUGUCUCCAUGUACUCCCGGCCCCCUGGAAUGCUGGUAGCUUCCUACACACGCUUCUGUUCCUCCCACCUGUGCAAUGAAGCCAGCAGCAGCAGCGUCCUGCUGAGCCACCUCCCUCGUCCAACUGUCCCUCCCCCUGGAGACCUGCAGUGUCCCGUGUGUGUAGAGUUUUUUGGAUCCUGCUUUCCAAAUACCAAUUUUGUCACCUGCCCUCAGGGGACCACUCGCUGUUAUGAAGGGGAACUUGUGCUCCAGGGAGGUGGAGUGUCUUCCACACUGAGCCUUCAGGGAUGCAUGUCCUCACCUGCCAAAACCUUACUGGGUGGCUCUAAAACAAUCGGGAUUUUCUCCACAAAAGAACUCUCUGAGGAUGAAGAGGAAAAUGAUCAAAAGCCUCUGGGUAGAGGUGCCUCGGCCUCUUCUCUGGCUUGGGUGUUAGGGCUGGGGCUCUUCUUAGCCCUUUGUUUGUAGGGCUUUGUCCUCUCUGCUGAGCCCAUUUCCCUACAAUCCUUAAUCCCUGUUGGCCACCCAUACCCCGCCCUCCUCUGACGUCAUAACCUAACACCUUACCCUUGGAACCUUCUGCCCAU